AUGAGUGAUUGUAAUGCAACUUCGACUCCAAUGGACUACAAUCAAAAAUUAUCAUCCAGUAUGUCUCCGCAAGAUGAAGAGACUAAACAACAAAUGUCAAAAAUUCCUUAUAUGCAGGCGAUUGGUUGCCUACUGUUUGCUGCCCAAAUUACUCGACCCGAUAUUUGCUAUGCGGUAAAUUUACUUAGUAGAUUUGGAACAAAUCCCGGCAAACCCCACUGGGAGGCAGUGAAACGUGUCAUGAGGUAUUUAAAAGGUACAAUCGAUAAGGGGAUUGUUUACAAAAGGCAAGCAGAAGAUGAUAUAAAAGGCUUCUGUGAUGCAGACUGGGCCGGAGAUGUUGACAACCGUCAAUCCACAACCGGUUAUGUUUUUGUGUACCAAUCAGGUGCAAUUUCUUGGUCAACGAAAAAACAGAAAACUGUGGCAUUAUCUUCGACGGAGGCCGAGUUCAUGUCACUGACGGCUGCUAUCCAAGAAUCAGUGUGGCUGAAACGUCUUGAAGCUGAACUCAACCCUAACAGUGGCAAGAGUAUGUUGCUAUAUUGUGACAACAAGGGCGCCUUACAAGUAGCCCUUAAUAAUAACUAUUCACCAAGAACUAAACACGUGGACAUAAAGGCCAAGUUUAUCAGACAGAAAAUCGAUGAGAAGGAAGUAAUUUUAGAAAACUUGUGCACAGACGAGAUGGUUGCCGACGUGUUAACAAAAGCUGUUACUCCUCAGAAAUUAAAUUAUUUUGUAAAAUAUGUUGGCCUUUACUAA